UCCCUCUCUCUCUCUCUCUCCGGCACACAUGGUUGGGAAAAUCUGGGUUUCAUUUUAAUGGGGAGUAGCCUACCCCGGGCUCGCUUUACAACCUAUGGAUGUAUUGGACGGUUUUCAGUUGGUUUGAGCUUCGGGCGCGGAUGGGUGCAGUGGUUCACCUUCUCUCGGUUUCCCCUCUCUUUUGACUAUGUGGCAGGGAUUUUUCUUGUCUUUAAACAUUUUAACGAGGCGAACGUGAGAAAGACGAGACACUUCUGCGUUUGGAUAAGACGAUUUCUGACGGAAGACAACCUAAAGAUUAAUUGGUGUGAUUCUCUCUCAGGGGACGUCUUCUUCAAUUCAGAGACAGCGACAGUUGCAACGUGAUACUGGGGAAGGGCUCUGGUCAGACUGAAGUGAAGGGUCACUGAGCUCAGACACUCUCCUUCCACUGACUCACAAUUAUACACACACACACACACACACACACACACACACACACACAGGGGAAAGUCACAAAAACAGACAAAGCCAAACAAGGACACUUACUCACAUUUACACUCAUAGACUCUUGACUACACACACGUACACACACACAAAGACUCAUUCGUGCACAAACACAGACCCACAUUCACGAACAGGCCCUCUGAGCAGGAUGAGGGAACCCUGGAGGUGCCUGCUGGGCCUGUGCCUCCUGGCAUGCUCAGUCUCCACCCACAGUGCCGCCAAUCCCUUUGCAGGACAGCAGACCCCUCCAGACCCUUGCUAUGACGACACAGGUGCAGCCCGCCGCUGCAUCCCCGAGUUUAUCAAUGCUGCCUUCGGCAAGGAGGUGACGGUGUCCAGCGUCUGUGGCCGGCCUCCAUCCCGUUCCUGUAGUGUGGUGGAGCGGGGCGACGACCGGCCUUCUGUACGCACGUGUCAAAUCUGUGACGCAGCUGACCCUCGCCGUGCCCACCCGGCUUCCUACCUCACCGACCUCAACUCAGCCCAUAACCUCACCUGCUGGCAGUCUGAGAAUCUGAACAUCUCUCCGUACAAUGUGACUCUCACUCUUUCAUUGGGUAAAAAGUUUGAGAUUACUUACGUCAGCCUGCAGUUCUGUUCACCACGACCUGAGUCCCUGGCCAUAUACAAGAGCAUGGACUACGGCAAAACCUGGAUGCCCUACCAGUUCUACUCUUCACAGUGCCGGCGUAUGUACAAUCGGCCCAACAAAGCAACCAUUACCAAGCAGAACGAGCAGGAGGCUCUAUGCACAGAUGGCCACACUGACCUCUACCCGCUCUCUGGAGGACUCAUUGCUUUCAGCACUCUGGAUGGACGGCCCUCUGGUAAAGACUUUGACAACAGCCCAGUCCUCCAGGAUUGGGUGACCGUCACCGAUAUCCGUGUGGUUUUCAACCGGCCCCAGUUACCGCGGGAGCUCGGGCUGGGGGCUGGAAGCAACAGUGGAGGGAGGGACGAUGACCCCAUGGCAGUGACAUCAACGCUGCCAACUUAUUUCUAUGCAGUGGGAGACUUCCAGGUGGGCGGGAGGUGUAAAUGCAAUGGACAUGCCUCACGCUGUCUGAAAGACAAGGAAGGCAAACUGGUGUGUGACUGCAAACACAACACAGAAGGACCUGAAUGUGACCGCUGCAAGCCCUUUCACUACGACCGACCGUGGCAGAGGGCCAACGCCCGCGAGGCCAAUGAGUGUCUGCCGUGCAACUGUAACCUUCAUGCGCGCCGCUGUCGAUUCAACAUGGAGUUGUACAAGCUGUCAGGGAGGAAGAGCGGAGGCGUCUGCAUGAACUGCCGCCACAACACUGCCGGACGCCACUGCCACUACUGUAAGGAGGGCUUUUACAGAGACAUGGCCAGACCCAUCACUCAUCGCCGAGCCUGCAAAGCCUGUGACUGCCACCCUGUGGGCGCAGCAGGCAAGACGUGCAACCAGACCACAGGCCAGUGCCCCUGCAAGGACGGUGUCACCGGCAUAACCUGCAACCGCUGCGCCAAGGGCUACCAGCAGAGCCGCUCACCUGUGGCCCCCUGCAUCAAAAUCCCAGUGGUCAACCCCACAGCUGUGGUGAGCAGCACGGAGGAACCAGCAGAUUGUGAAUCCUAUUGUAAACCAGUGAAGGGCAACCUGAAGAUCAACAUGAAGAAAUAUUGCAAGAAAGAUUAUGCGGUCCAAGUGAACGUUCUCGACAUGGAGACGGUGGGGGACUGGGCCAAGUUCUCUGUUAGUGUGGUGUCUGUGUACAAGAGCCGCGGCGAGCCUUUGAAGCGAGGCGACAACAUCCUGUGGGUGCACAUGAAGGACCUAGCCUGCAAAUGUCCCAAGAUCCAGAUGAGCAAACGAUUCUUGGUGAUGGGCGGCAGCGACGGUGGAACGGGCACGGGGGCGGGUCCAGGGGUCGGGCCCGGGGGUGGAGCCACCAGUCCAGGAGCGGAGCGUGUGGGCCUGGUGGCUGAUAAGAACAGCCUGGUGAUCCAGUGGAGGGACGUUUGGACGAGACGUCUGAGGAAGUUCCAGCGCAAAGAGAAGAAGGGGAAGUGCAGCAAAGCGUGAUGGGAAAGCAGCGUCCAUCCCCCCUCCCCAUCACCCACCUUCAUGAACCCUGACCCAGUGAACUCCCCUCCUUCCCCUGAAUCCUUCCUCCUCCCCAUCACAGGAACACUGCGCAUUACAAAGACUGCAUGUACCCUCCCUGUUUUAAGGACCACAUUUUGUGUAUAUUGUAUAAUUAUUUUCCUUUUUAUUUUUCAAGUUUUGUCUUUGUUAUGUCACUUGUCUUUUUGUCCAUUGGUUUGCCUUAAAAAGGGACCAUUAAAAAGGGUAUGAAGUGUAGACAAAAGCAGACGCCAUUCCCUUCUUCAACGACGACAGCGGUAAUGUCCACUCGUCCCUCAACUACAAUCCCCUGACUCCCAGUGUCGUCCUCCUGACAAGACUGUCUCCUGCCACUUUGUUUCAGUACUCACAUAUAAGACUAGCAGUGCUCACACUUCACAUCUUCACUUCUGAGGAUUUUAUUCAACAGUGUUUGUCACUUCAGAGACUGACUAAUAUCAGCAACAAGACGAGCUGCACACCUUCAGCUUGGCUUCCUCACGUUUCAUUGUUGAAACAAACUCAACUUGGAUCAGCUCAAGCUGGUGCACCUGACAACCUUUCAACAUUUGCUGUUAAAAUCUUCAUUAAAAUGGGCCUACUUGCUCCAGGUCUUUGCAGUAACUUCUACAGACAGUAACUGAAAAAAAACAAAACAAAACAAAACAAAAAAAAAAACUCUUGUCCUGUGAGGAACCAAGGGCUCCCUUUGCAGGGACAUUUUCCACAGCAAACCUCAGUCUCACCACCACUGCUGCUGCCACCAGACAGCCCUCACAGAAUAAACUGAUCGUGUAGGCUCUUAUAUCAAGUAUUUGAUGCCACUGCUCGUAAUAGAGUUCAUAUUCUUCAUGUGGUUAUUUGUUAUCUCAUCCAUCCAUAUCUCAUCCAUAUCCUUAUUUCAGAUACUGUGUAUACUGUUGUUUCAUUUAUGCUGAACAAAGCCUGCUGGCAUGUGUGAGUCACAUUCCAGGCCUCUAGAGCUGUGCGUCUAGUCCCUCUCAUGAGUGGUUUAUAAAGUCAUGCAUCACCAUCAUGACUCAUUGCUUGUCACUUUUUCUGGAAGAAAGAUUAAGUGGUGUGGACAAAUGGCUGGAAUUUCAGAACAAUACCAAUAUUUCCAAGGAGACUUUUUGCUUUAUGGGUAAUGUCUUCCGCUGGGUAGUGGCCUUCCAGAUGUUGCUGUGUGGCCACUGUCAUUUCUUUGUCUUUAAAUGUCUGAACAUUUUUCUGAUGUGUCUAGUGACUGGCAGGCUUUUGUUUGCCAAUAUAAGAGAUUGAAACGCAAGUUCCUUUUCAUGCAGUAAAAAGAAAACAAAGCCAGAUAAACAACAUGGUCGUGUUUUCCUCUAGUAUAUUUUGACAAAAUGAAUGAGGCUGGAAAGUUUUUACUGCUCACUGAUUGUAUUAUGACAUGAGAGGAUCAUAUUUCAUUCCUCAUGUGCUUUGUUAUGUUUGCAUGUUUGUGGUUUUUGCUGGUCCAUCAAACCUUACAGUUAGCAGAGCAAGAACUAAACCAAUAUGAUCGUUGAGAUACAAAGGAAAACAUCCCAAGUCAUCUUCCUCAACUUGCUUACCCAAACGCAGUCCCUGUCAUCCUGUGCCAAAUAAGCAUAGUCAGUUUUUAAAUUCAAUUAAGAGACUAUGAACGCCGGGACCAACGAAAACCACAGAGAGACCCGUCUGGUGGCUCUCAAGCUUUUUAUCUGCCUGUAAAGCACAUUACAAUUUAUUUAAAUAGAGUACAAGAUAAACACACAGUUUUGAGGGGCACAUCAAGCAAGCGUAGCAGUGAGUGUGCCGACGGGCAUGUCAUGCUAGCUAGUGGUUACGCUCCUUUGGUUGCAGCAGUAUGUUUGGUUUGUCAUUUCUCCAAAAGUGUCUCUCCUUUGCUCUCUUCUCUGUGUCAGCCACCUCCCUCCUCAAGCUCUCUUUUUUAACCCAUCUUGCAUGUUUUGUAUUCAGUGUCUUAGAUAAGUGACAGCAGAGAACGAGGCUGCCAAAACCCCUCAGUGGUGUACUGUACUGCACUGUAGUUCUUGUUUUCACGUCUUACGAGAAUGUAUGUCAAACUGUGAAGAACACACUCACACAAGUGUAUGGUCUGAUUGUAAGUGUUUAUGAAAUAUUGUCACCAAGCCUAAGAAUGUGGACGCCAUGACAGUUGAUGCUAUUAGAGACUAUGAACAGAGUUAGAUUUUGUUCAAAUGAACGUGGGACUUCAUGCUUAUCGUCUGUCUUAUGAUGACAUGUUAAUAAUCCAGUCCAAAAACAACCCGUAACCAAAACGAGUUAUCACCCACCAUGAUUUCUGGAGUGUGACAAAAAAAAAAAGCAAAAAAAAGGACCCAAAAAAAAAAGCGUUGAAAUUUUGACAGUUCUGUGCCCAGGGCACAAUUCCCACCAAUGGAAUUUCAAAAAAAUGCAGAACCAAACAGUCAAUUAUUUGUGUGUUGGCUGUCGACGGUGGCCUGUCAGACAGGUGGUGUCAGUAGCACCAGUCUCCUCGGCCUGGUAUGCGAGUAUGGCGUGACACAUUAUGAUGGAUGGUCAAAUUACGUGCCCACGAGGCCUCUCUGGUGUUCAACUCCUAAAGCGUCCAACACACUCAUGGAGGAAGUGAGUAUAGUAUAUAGUGUCCUUGAAUGAAUCUGGACUUUCUUUCACAUGGAAACGCACAAAAGCGUUCUUCACUUCCUAUUGGCCGUCUGUUUCCUUGUCUUGAGUGCCCACCCUGAAUGUUGGAAUAAAGAUAAGAAGUAAGAGUGAGCCAGAUGUUGUUUUGGGGGUGGGAGCGUACUCUUGUGAAAGCUAUUUAGUGAGCCUCAUAGGGAGAGCCGUCCUGUUGUUUUACGUUAACAAGCCCGGCAGCUUGGCAGUGGAACUGAGGCCAUAACUGCUUUGCUUUGUUUCCCCCCUUUGCAGCGUUUAUAGCAUCCACAGGUGUGUGUGUCUAAUUAACCUCCCCGAGUAAACAAGUGAUAUGCACAUGAACUGAACGAGCAGAGAGGUGAGAGAGCUCUCAACUGAAGGGCAAAGCUUUCAGGGGAGCAUCUAUGAUAAAGAAUUAUCAUUUACAUUUUCCUGGUCUGAUUCCCAUGUUUUUUUUUCUGUUUCACUUCCAUCUACACCUUUGCCUUGUUUAAUAAGUCUUGACACAUUUUUAAUGUUGUAAAUAUGUACUGAACUGCCUCUGCCAUUUAUGUUGUCUUUUUGUAAAGCCUCACUUGGCCUGGGAUGGCUCACGUGUAUGGAUGUACAAACCAGAUGAAGUUAUAUGGAUGUAGAAACCAGAAACAUAUGCUUUUGUGAUCACGACCAGAAGAUGUGGUUCAGAUAUUACACAGAAUGUAUUUCUUUUGGUUUUAUGUUGUUUCCAGACAACAGCCGCCCAAUUGUAAAUGACUUUGAGGAGAAUCGAGUAAAAAAAUGUGACAUGGGCUGAUUGGACCCUCUGCUUUCCCCAUAGAGGUACAGACGGGAACUGACACAACAACCCACCACUUUCUGUUACAUGAAUGCCCUGGGAAUAAUGGUUCACUCACAAAAACUGUCCUCCUACCUUUCUUUGGGAGCAAAGUCCUCCCUCAGUUCAGCCCUGCUCUUCACUUCUGUUAUAUCAGAGUCUUCCUUGUACAUUUUCUUCUGAGGCAAUGAACCACUGACUUUUUAAUCUAAAUGAUAAAAAAAUAAAUUAUUAGUUAAUGA